AUGGAGAAAUACGUUAGCACGAAUGAAACUGCGAAAGCGUUAAAAAAAAAGCAAGGAACCAAACGAAGGUACAAAGAAGAUUACAUCGGAUAUGGUUUCAUAUCUUCGGGACCUGAAGAUGCUCCAUUGCCAUUCUGUCUGAUCUGCAAUUCAGCUCUGUCGAAUGAAGCGCUUGUUCCAAGCAAAUUGAAGAGACACUUGGAAACAAAACAUCCAGCUGUAAAAGCGCAACCGAAGGAAUACUUCGAAAACAUCAGGGCUCAACAAAAUAAACAAGCUAAGAAACUUACGAACUACCUAAAGCUGCCAGAAAAGGGAUUGAUUGCAAGUUAUAAGGUUGCUCAGUUAUUAGCAAAACGCAAGAAAGCGCAUACAGAGGCUGAAUCAGUCAUUGCACCAGCUUUAGCAAUAGUUGUUGAAACUAUCCUUGGACCCGAUGCCGCCGAAAAAGUUAAGAAAGUUCCUUUGUCAAAUGAUACUAUCUCGCGCAGAAUUGAAGACUUAUCGUCAGAUUUACAAGAUCAAAUCUGCGAACACUUUGACGCGCCUGACGAUGAAGUGUCUCUGUUGUGGUCUCUUCAAGUUGAUGAAUCCACUGACGUUAGCGGCAAAGCCCAGCUGCUAGCUUUUAUUCGGUUCAUAAAGGAUGAAAAAUGUGUCAACGAAUUCUUAUUUUGCAAAGACUUACAAACUACGACCAAAGGCGAAGAUAUUUUCAAUGUGGUGAACGAAAACAUUUUGCUCUUCAAACUACAGUGGAAAAACUGUGUCAGCGUUUGCACCGAUGGCUGUCCUUCCAUGCAGGGAAAUAGAAAGGGAUUUGUCACUCUUGUGCGUCAAGAAAAUCCAAAUGUAUUAGUUGUUCACUGCAUGAUCCACAGAGAAGCUCUUGCCUUCAAAUCUUUGCCGAAAGAUUUGAUGUCUGUUCUGGAUCAAGUGAUUACAGUUGUAAACUUCAUCAAAUCUCGACCGCUUGCAUCCCGACUUUUCUCUCAGCUCUGUGAAGCAAUGGAUUCAGACUACAAAUGCCUCCUGUAUCACACCAACGUUCGUUGGCUCUCCAGGGGAAAAGUGUUAAAGCGUGUCGUCCAACUCAAGGCUGAGCUGAUUUCAUUCUUGGAGGCUGAAAAAAAAGACUUUGGAUUUUCUAUUCAUGACGAGAUCUGGUGGGUUAAGGUGACAUUUCUCUCUGAUUUAUUUGACAAAUUAAAUUCACUGAAUUUAAGUCUUCAAGGACCAUCGGAAAACAUCAUCACUGCAUCCUCAAAACUGAAGUCAUUUGGUGAAAAAUUGUCGUUGUGGCAAAGUAAGAUCUCGAAAGGAGUCUUCGACUGCUUUCCUACUUACAAUGAAUGUGCUUCAAAUCAAGAAAUCACCCCCAAAAUUCUGUACACUUUGACACACCUGCAGUCAGCAUUGCAGCAUUACUUCCCAACAGUUGGAAGUAAUGAAUAUGGAUGGGUCAGCUAUCCAUUUGGAAACAAUGAAGCUACAAAUCUUACAACGGAAGAAGAAGAGCAGCUCAUUGAUUUAAAAAACAAUGCAGUUCUUAAGUCAAGUUUUGCCGAGAAAAGCCUGGAUGUGUUUUGGAUUUCAAUCAACAAAAGAUUAAACAUUUAUGCUUAUCACGGUGACCCAGAAAGCCAUAUAGAAGGAAUGUCAAAUAUUGGGUCAACUGAGUCAACAGAUACAUUUAUUCAACCCCCUGAAGAGGGCAUUAAAAAGCACCAUGCAGUUUGGGCAAAGAGAUGGUUCUGUGGAAAGGAUCUACACUGGUAUCUGGAAAGUUGCUGGUUCAAAUCCCAUCACUGCCAGAAGGGAUUCUACUCGACUGGGUCAUUGAACAAGGCCCUUAAUGUGAAAAUUGCUCCAAGUGCACUGUACAAUGGUAGACCCUGCGCUCCGACCCCUAAAGGUCAUGUGAAAAGACAAAUUCCCCGUAAGGAUGUAUAA